AUGGGUGGCGCGCUGCUGCUCGCGCUGCUAGCGGCGGCGCGGGCCGGCGAGCCCAACGCCACCAACUUCACCACCUUCCUACCGGAAGAGGAGAAGGUGCCUCUUUUCCCCGCGGACAUCUUCACGGAAGAGCAGCGGCGGUCAGGCGCGGUACUGCUGCACGUGCUCGGCAUGGGAUACAUGUUCGUAGCGCUGGCGAUCGUCUGCGAUGAGUUCUUCGUGCCGGCGCUGGACGUUAUCAUCGAGCGGCUGGCCAUCCGCGACGAUGUGGCCGGUGCCACUUUCAUGGCGGCCGGUGGCUCCGCACCCGAACUCUUCACUUCCAUCAUCGGCGUGUUCGUGUCGUUCGAUGAUGUCGGCAUCGGGACGAUCGUCGGCUCCGCCGUCUUCAACAUAUUGUUCGUGAUCGGUGCUUGCGCGCUCUUCUCGCGCACAACUCUCUCCCUCACCUGGUGGCCCCUGUUCCGGGACUGUACCUUCUACUCGAUCAGCCUGCUAGUGUUGAUAUACUGUUUCCGUGACAGCAUGAUAUACUGGCAGGAGGCGCUGGUGUUAUUCUCGCUGUACGGCGCGUACGUGAUGUUCAUGCGGUGGAACCAGCCCGUCGAGCGCGCGCUCAAGAAACUCAUCUACAAGAACAAGGUGACGAGAGUCCGCAGUACUGACCAGCUCAUGCCUACGCACGGGAAUGCGACAACGUCAAGCGAGACAUCCGUGGGCACGAACACAGCAACGGCACCAGCGGCGGGUCCAAGCCGUGCACCGCCGCCUGCAGCCAAGUUCCGACACGGCCUGCUGCAACUCAUGAUACAUACGAUCGACCCUAUGCACGACGGUGAGUUAGGUAAGGUGGACGACAAAGCCACACAACUGCACGCCAUAGCGUCCCUCAAGGUGCUAUUAGAAGCUACAAGGCCGACAGCAGGCGGCGCGGGCGCAGCGGCGGCCAGGCACUCGGCUGUCGCUAGCCAACCUAAGGAGACCCCCCUCGAUCUGCCCAACGGGGGGCUCGCUGAUGUACAGAUAGACGCAAUAGAAGAGAUAGGAGACCUGGAGGAAGACACGACGCCACUGGACAUGUCGUGGCCGUCAGGAUUCCGUAAGAGGCUCACCUACCUGCUAGUCGCACCCAUUGUCUUCCCUCUUUGGUGCACCCUGCCUGAUACGAGGACGCCCAAAGGGAAAAACCUAUUCCCCAUAACAUUUGUAGGAUCAAUAGUUUGGAUAGCCUUCUUCUCUUACCUGAUGGUUUGGUGGGCGAAUGUCGCGGGGGCAACAGCGCAGAUCCCACCCGAGGUAAUGGGGCUGACACUGCUCGCCGCAGGUACCUCCGUGCCUGACCUCAUCACCUCCGUAAUCGUCGCCAGGAAGGGCUUCGGAGAUAUGGCGGUAUCUAGCUCAGUGGGCAGCAAUAUCUUUGAUGUUACCGUUGGGUUACCCCUACCCUGGUUGCUGUACGGUCUGAUCAACGGAGAACCAGUGCAAGUGAACUCUAAAGGCAUGGUCUGCAGCAUCGUGUUACUCUUCGCGAUGCUGAUCUUCGUCAUCAUCAGCAUAGCCUGCUUCAGGUGGAAGAUGAACAAGGGUCUCGGCUUCACAAUGUUCCUUUUGUACUUCGUCUUUGUUGCUGUCAGUUUAGGUCUCGAAUACGGCGUCUUCCAUUGCCCGAGCGAAUAGAUUUGUCGUAUCCGAAAUUAAUACAAACAAAUCAAAUGAAAGUAAUGAGCAAACAAAUGAAUUGUCGAUGACAGCGGAUACCAAAAUAUGGGAACGAUUAAUUCCUAUCGAUUUUUAAAAAAUACUUUGAAACUAAAUUAAGGAAAAUCGUACGAUCCAACGAAUAAUGUAAUCUAUUUAAACGGUUUAGAGUUUUUUUAGAAGUUUCUCGAAAUUUUCAUUAACGAGUUUCAUUGUUUUCAUUUAUCAAUUGCUCAAAUAGCACGGAUAUCAUCUCAUAUAACAGUAUAACAAUUAUAAGCAAUAUUGAAUUUAGCGAGAAAUCUUUUGAAUUUAAAUUAACCAUAAGAAGGAAGACAUUUGCAUUUUAGCAUAGUAUAAUUUUAAAACUAAGUACGUUGCCUUAGUCGAUGACAUUUAGUAGACAAAUAGGAACAAAUCGAGUAGGCGGUUAUGUAAAAAUAGGUGAUGUUCGAAGCACAAAUAAUAGGUAAUGUUAGGACUAAUGUUGGUGAUAUAAUGUCCAUAACAAAUUAAUGUGAACAAUGAAAUAACAUGAAAAUGAAACUAGAAAUCAGCGAAGAUUGUAGAUUUUUACUGAAUAUAAGCCAAGAAUGGCGCUUUUAUAAAUUUAUGCAAUUUUUGCUGUACAAUUUG